AUGGCCGUAAUUAAAAACCGGAUGCUGAAUUAUAUCUUUGAGCUGGAUGCCACGAAGGUGGAUGAAUGCGCAUGCGCUAAAAUCACGCGUCUAGACCCGAAGUGGUGUUGUGCGUACGACGAUACACUCCUCCGCUUCAAACCCGAGACAAACUAUCAGUUGGGAAACUACCUCCAGUCGUGGAAAUAUUUCCACAACCACACGGCUGACAUUAGAAGACAGUUCACAUUUAAUAACUCGACCGCCGCCAAGGCGCUCGCGUUUUUGAACGGCGUAAUGGAUAAGUACAAAGAACGGACGUCAGAUUGGUCAAACUCGGCAGACAUCGAAAAUAUUACGUUUGUCGGCGUUCACGUUCGAAGAGUUGGAAAUUCGCCCGAAGUGGACAUGUGUAUUCUGUCGUCAUGUAACCAUAGCAUCAUGACGGUGGGCACGUUUGGCUGGUGGGCCAGUUUUCUCGCUGGUGGGGAGACCGUCCACUACAAACAUUUGGCACGAAAGGGCUCGAUUCUGAGGAAGCAAUAUUCAUCCGACUACAAGGACUAUUUCUACCCAGGCUGGAUUGGAAUGGAUUGA